AUGGAUCAGAAAAGUCAGGAUCGGGUGGUUUUACGGGGGUCCAACAGCCCGUGUAAGGGUCGACUGGAGGUGUAUCGCAAGGAGAAGUGGGGUUUGGUUUGCCCUUAUGGGUGGAAUGACAUAAACGGAGAGGUGGUGUGUAAAUCAUUGGAGUGCGGUGAACUCCUGAAAACUGAUAAAGAAAUGUCCCUUUACAAAGAUCCAUCUCUACCCAAACAAUUCUUUAUGGAUCAGGUAAAAUGCUCACCAAAUGAGAAGAAUCUGAAGAGCUGCUCUUACGUCGGAGGAACCACAAUAGGCUGUAAAGAAAACGGUUUUGUUGCAGUUGAAUGCUCUGGAAAUGUUAAACUGAGUUUGAAUAUGAAUGGCCAGACAGAUAAAUGUGCUGGUGUGGUCCAGUUCACAACACAAAACGGUGUUGUUAUAGGAGUCUGUAACUCACAGUGGGAUAAGGUUAAAGCAGACAAGAUAUGUCAGGAACUUAAUUGUGGACAACAUAGUUAUAUUCCCAAACCUGGAAUAUUUGAAGCCACAAAACCCACAAAAAAUGUAUUGUUAAACUGUGAUGGGAAGGAAAAGUUUCAAUGGCAGUGUAUGGAAUUGACAGAAAACUGCAAGGAAAAUGUCAGCGUCAUCUGUACCGAUCACAGGAGGUUUCGUCUGAAGGGCGGCAGUAAUCUUUGCUCUGGGAUGGUAGAAGAACUCAAAGGGAAAUCAUGGGUUCAGAAAACACCCAACAAUAUUAACCUUGACACCAUAUGCGCUCAGUUGAAUUGUGGCAGAAAUGUUACAGAUGUUAAGAAACCCAACGGCACCCACCUGACGUGUUCGGGUAAUGUCAGUCUCAGCAAAUUGCCGGAUUGUUUUGGGUCUGUUUAUGUCAAUGUUAAUGGCGCUGCACAUGGAGUUUGCUUUAAUGACUUUAAGUCUGAUAAACUGGGCACGGUGGUCUGUCAAGAGCUUGGCUGUGGUGAGGUGAAGGAAGUGAAACAAGGCAAAUGGAUUACAAAUGGUUGGCUGAGUAACAUUGAGUGUCAAGGUGAUGAAGAAUCAUUGUGGCAUUGCCUGGCCAUACACAAGAAGAUUGCAUGUUUUGGUACUACAGUUAUAUGUUCAGCUAGUAUGAAAGUGCGUCUGAGUGACGGUUGGAGUCGUUGUUCUGGACGUGUGCAGGUGAAUCUGGAGGGUUCGUGGAAAUACGUUAAUGCCAAAGACUUGACUGACAAGAAUUCGGAUGUGGUGUGUAAAGAUCUUGAAUGUGGCGACUCGUUUAAGAUGACUCAAGAUCAAGAUCUUUUCAUUGAAGUGAAUCCACAGGUGAUGGUGGAUGAUUGGGAGGUCAAGUGUCCAAGCUCUUCAAAGAAGUUUCACGAAUGUUUCAAGAAAAUAACAAAAGAACAAAAACAAAUACAAAUAAAAUUUGACACAAAACAAAUAAUUUGCCAAAAGGAAAAAUUUAGGUUCAUUAAAGGUGAUCAGCCCUGCCAGGGAGAAAUUGGCAUUGAGAGAUUUGGUGAGGAAGACUCAUCAGAUUCUAAAUCACUAAACAACAUGACGGUGUGUAGUGAAAUGAAUUGUGGAGAUCUGCAGUUGUCCGGCACAAACGCAACACAUGUCAACUGUUCAGGAUCCGUGAAUGUGAGUCUUUCAGAGGGAUGCUGGGGAGAUGUGAAGGUUGAAAUGAUGGUUGUGCAGAAUAAAUGUAGAGAUGAUGGUUGUGGAGGGAUUUGCAAAAAAACCUGGAGAACAGAAGAGUCUAAAAUGCUCUGUAAGGACCUGGGCUGUGGAAAUCCCAUUAACAAUUUCCAGUUAAAGACACAAAAUCCUCUACAAGUGAAGCACUAUAGUGUGUACUGUCCAAAACAGGUGAACAAUCUGAAAAUGUGCAAGUUUACUCCCAACAAAGCCAUCUGCAAGGAACCAGCAUCUGUGGUAUGCUCAGGCAGUGUUAAAAGCAGACUUUUUUCCCCACUGAAGAUUCCGAGAGACAAAUGUGCUGGAAACGUGCAACUAUAUUAUGCUGGGAUAUGGAGACCUGUCUGUAAGGACAGUCUUGAUCAAAACCUUCAAAAUAUAAUCUGCAAGGAACUAUCCUGCGGAGAGGCCAAAUCUGUUGAUACAGCUCGGUUUGAAGAGGGUAAAAUCAAAGGACUGAUAGGAAUUAAGUGUUUAACUGGCGCCAAAUCGCUUUUCGAAUGUAAACAUGAUGACGUAUCAACAAAAGAUUGCAGCGCUGGCUAUCUCAAAUGUUCUGAAUGGACAAGACUUAUUCUCUACAAGAACGACGGUCCGUGUAGCGGUCCUGUAUAUGCUGUGAGCGAACAUCCAACUCCACAUCAUGUCAACAUCCAGAACUGGACCGAAGACGAUGGGCAGUUGAUGUGCGAGUAUCUACAGUGUGGAAACUACAUAUCACAUAAUCAAACCACAGUGUUUCCCACAUCAGAAUGGUGGAAUAAGACCUAUAAUUGCACAGGAAAUAAGAAGAAUAUCUGGGAUUGCGAGAGUGACAGUCAGUCUUUCCACCCCAAGCAGCUGAACAUCACAUGUGACGCUAAACUUCUAAACCUCAGCCUCUCAGAGUCAUGUACGGGUGAAGUGCAGAUAAAUAAGAAGCCUGUGUGCGCAUCUGAAUGGACUGAAAAAAUGUCAGAUGUCGUCUGUGACAAACUCCAGUGUGGUAGGGCAAUCCGCCAUUGGCAGAAACCGAUCUCUACUGAAUCUGAAGGCUGGCAUUUCAGCUGCAGUGGAAAUGAAACAUUUCUGCAGCAGUGCAGCCACAUUCAAGGCAGGUGUGCCAACAUCAUCUAUGUGGCCUGUAAAAGUGAAAAGGUUGUUAGGUUUAGUACCACAAAGAAAUGUGGGGGGUUUCUUGGGGUCAAAUAUCAAGAUCAAUGGGAAUAUGUCUGUGGAGACCCGAAGAAACCUGUUGAUAAUGUUGAGGUUUGCAAAGAACUCGACUGUCAGAAAAAUCUGGCACCGCUGAUUGAAAGAGAAAAGAUGGACAGUAAGAAACAUGUGACAAUCCAAUGUCCUGACAAAUACCAGCACCUUUCUCAGUGCCUUACCCGCGUCCAAGAAAAUAACUGCAAACCUGUUGAGAUCAAAUGUGAAGGUUUCGAGGAAAGUACACCAGUAAACAUCGGUCUUGUAGUUGGUCUAUUGCUGGGCUUUUUGGGACUGCUGGUUUUGAUCGGUAUUACUCAGAGGAAACGGCUGCUCUCGGCCUUAAGACAUUACAGAAGUAAGGAUGUCAAAAAUAUGAACUUCAAUGGACACGAGAUGAAUAACACGGAAACAGUGGACGAAGAUUCAACCGAGAGAAAGUUUGAUCAGGAUGAUUAUCAGGAUGUGGACAUUGCCAUAACCAACACAGAAAGAGAGCAUGAUGUAGAUGACAAAAGUGCAAGAUCUUCUGGUACAGAAUAUGAUGACAUUGAGGAACAAGCCAAUGAUGCCUCUUAUCCCCAAACACCAGCUGAUGAAGACCAAACCCUCCCACUGCUUCCUAGUAGACCUGAAAACUUGCAUGAUGAGGUCACCUAUGAAGUAGAGAAAGAGAUACAGGAGGACUAUGAUGACGUCAUAUCUGAAGAAGCACUAGCCAAUGAGAAUGCAGAGAUCUCCAUGAAAGAUGCGCCGGCACAAGCAGAUGUGAUCAUGGAUGAAGGAGGAAAUGCAAAUACAAAUGAGGUGGAGGUAGAGGUUCAUAGUCAACCAGAGUAAAAAUGAAACAAUGUGACAGUCGGUAAUUAACAAAGUUACAAAGUUUUAAAAAAAUAUUAAAAAGAAGCAUGUUCUUAGUUUUUAUUUGAUUUGAGAAAAUCUGUAAAAUAGUGUGUAGAAGAGAAAAAAAACUUUUUUACACCAUAUUUUACACAAAGUACAUAUAAAUUAUAUUUAAAGGUCAUCUAAUAAUUUUUCAAGAUGUAAUAUUAGUCUCAGGUGUCUCCAGAAUGUGCCUGUGAAGUUUAAAUACCCUAGAGAUCAUUUAUUAUACCAUGUUGAAAAGGCCUAUUUUGGGGUGUGCAUGAAAAAGUGCAGUUUGUGUGUGUGUGUGUGUGUGUGUGUGUGUGUGUCUAAAUGCAAAUGAGCUGCUACUUUCUUCAACGUUCUCUUUCAUCUAUACCAAAAACAUACACAGUUUUAAUAAGAAAAUCACCUUCAUUAUGUAAGGAAUAAUUGAUGAGCAGCUGUUGAAUUAUUGAAAAAUGGGUGUGCAUUAUUUUUCAAUAAUUCAACAGCCCGAGUCAAUUCUUCCGCUUAUACUGCGGUUACCACACCUCAAGACAACGAUCAUAUGAUAUAUUUAAAGGGAUUCGUCCGGUUUUUGUACUUAAAUCCGCUAUCAUGAGUAGGACUAUUUCUUCUGCAUCUCAUACGGCUCUUUUGCUUGUUCCAAAAUGUAAUUUUAAAGCUGGCAAUGGAGGCUUGAGCCGUUAAUAGCAUUUUAAUGCAGUUUUUUUAGAAAGAGAGCGAGAACGACAGAGACACAGAGAGAGAAAGAAAAAAAGAGAGUGAGCAAAGAGAUAGAGAGCGAGCGAGAGAGAGAGAGGGCGAGUGAGAGAGAUAUUGUGUGAACAAGGCUACCUCUGUGCAUCUCUAAACAGCGCUGUUAUUGCCUCAUCUGUCAUGUUGUUUUUGUUAGUUCGUUAUUAC